AUGCCUGGAAUAUUCAGACUUACUUCUUCAGCUCCUUUGGCCGCUCCGAUAUGUUCCAGGGAGGACUCGAAGAACUUUACUCCCGGCGAAUUCCUGGAACCACAAACCUGUUGCCGAUUCGAACUACAUAUUUUUGAUUUACUUCCUACUUUAAAAUGCUGUGAAUUAAUGCGUCCCGUCAUGUCGUUCACAAUAUUUAUACAGUUUCUACUAACCGGCAUUGUGCUGGGAUUAACUUUGCUAUACAUUCUAUAUUUCUCCGGACUACUCCGAGGCUUAUCCUCGGCUAUAUUUUUUGGUAAUGUCCUGUUUGAAACAUUUCCCUUUUGUUAUCUUUGCGAUGCUCUCGUCGAUGAUUGUGCAGAGUUGGCCAAUCUAUUGGCUCAAUCGAACUGGAUUGAUGCUGGGAAGAAAUACAAGUCCACUUUGAAAAUUUGUAUGCAACACGUUCAGAAGCCAAUCAUAUUUGUUGCUGGGGGCGUCUUUCCCAUUACAUUGAACAGCAAUAUUAAGGUCGCCAAGUUCGCAUUCAGCGUUAUGACCAUUGUGCAACAAAAUGGAUCUGACAGCGCGGCUUAAAUAAGUAUAAAUAUAUGAGUACAAUAGUAAUCCAUUUACGGACAAGCUAUCUAUGUAUCUGAAAGUCUAUAAAGCACAACUAAGAUUGAAUUAUUAAUGCAGCACAAAAAAUAAAAUGAAAUACAUUUCAUUGUUAUAUAUAAAA